AAUCCAACUCCUAAACGACACUCGACGGAAGAGCUCUCGCCCACCGAAACGGAACAGUUCAGGCGGCUAAACGGAACAGUACAUGCGGCUAAAGAGACGAACAGAAUACUCAAUUUCGACCAACUGAAUACUUCUCAUCCGACGAUGAAUUCCCCAAGCCAAGACGAGGAGUCAUCGAUAGAAGACAAAGACAAAGACACAGCCGCAGAGGAAUCCGAAUCCAAACGCCUUUUACCAUCUCAAUCUCCUUCCUCGUCCUUGUCCGACGAUGAAAACGAGGUCGCAUUCGAAUCCCGAGAGAAAAUCGUGAUCGUCGACGUGGACAUACCGGAAUCCCUCCAAAAUGUCGAUUAUGUUCCUCCUUUUUCCUGGAAAAAGCUCUGGUUGUUUACGGGCCCGGGUUUUUUGAUGAGUAUAGCGUUUUUAGAUCCGGGUAAUUUGGAAGGAGAUCUCCAGGCUGGGGCGAUUGCGGGUUACUCUUUGCUUUGGUUGUUGAUGUGGGCUACCGUCAUGGGCCUGCUGAUCCAGUUGUUGUCAGCUCGGCUCGGGGUGGCAACGGGUCGGCACCUCGCGGAGCUUUGCCGGGAGGAGUAUCCGAAAUGGGCUCGGUUUGUGCUGUGGUUCAUGGCGGAGUUGGCGCUUGUCGGAGCUGAUAUUCAGGAGGUUAUUGGGAGUGCUAUAGCUAUCCAAAUUUUGAGUCGUGGGGCUUUUCCGCUAUGGGCUGGAGUCUUAAUUACCGCAUCGGAUUGUUUUAUCUUAUUAUUCCUGGAGAAUUAUGGCGUCAGGAAAUUGGAAGCUGUUUUUGCUGUUUUAAUUGCAACUAUGGCUUCAUCAUUUGCUUGGAUGUUUGGUGAUACAAAACCCAAUGGAAAAGAUUUACUAAUAGGUAUUUUGGUUCCUAGACUUAGCUCAAGAACAAUUCGGCAAGCUGUGGGGGUUGUGGGUUGUGUCAUAAUGCCUCAUAACGUAUUCUUGCAUUCUGCUUUGGUACAAUCAAGAAAGAUUGAUCCCAAAAAGAGAGGCCGGGUUCAAGAGGCACUAAACUACUACUCAAUUGAGUCAUCUGUUGCGCUUCUGGUUUCCUUCAUGAUCAAUUUGUUUGUGACAACUGUCUUUGCUAAGGGAUUCUAUGGAACAAAACAAGCAAAUAACAUAGGACUAGUUAACGCAGGGCAGUAUCUUCAGGAGAAGUAUGGUGGAGGAGUCUUUCCGAUUCUCUACAUAUGGGGUAUUGGUUUGCUGGCAGCUGGACAAAGCAGUACAAUAACUGGCACAUAUGCUGGGCAGUUUAUAAUGGGAGGUUUUCUCAACCUUCGUCUGAAGAAGUGGUUGAGGGCAUUGAUCACACGGAGCUUUGCAAUUGUGCCAACAAUCAUUGUAGCGCUUGUGUUUAACACAUCUGAAGCCUCGUUGGAUAUAUUGAAUGAGUGGCUUAAUGUGCUUCAGUCAAUGCAGAUUCCUUUUGCACUAAUCCCACUUCUAACCUUGGUCUCCAAGGAGCAGGUCAUGGGGGUCUUUAGGAUUGGGCCUAUUCUUGAGAGAUUGGCAUGGACUGUGGGUGCACUGGUAAUAAUAAUCAAUGGGUAUCUUUUGCUGGAUUUCUUUGUUUCUGAAGUCAAGGGACUACUGUUUGCACUUUUCAUCUGUAGUUGGACAGCUGCAUAUAUAGCGUUCAUUGUUUAUCUUGUUUCACGUGGUGGUGGUCUUCCUUCCACUUGGUUCAGCAUAGAACUAUCCAGGAGAUUUUCUGCCACCGGAAGUUAGAGUCAAGCAAAUCCUGUGAUUGCUACAGAUGAUGAAUUCUCAGAGUUAUAUAGCUUCACAAGCCUCCAAAAAGCAUGAUGGCUAUUGGUCAAUAUUUCAAAAAUUGAAACAUUCUGUUGGUGCAUCAAUAAGCUUGAAUACACAUAUCCAAACAAUAGAAAGCAGCUGAUUCAAGAUCUACGCUUUGCUUGCAGAGCUGCACAGAUUUGAAUUUCAUCUCAUAAAUCAGGUAAGGAUAACCUUUUUAGAUUCCGUUUCCUUGUGGAGGAUGGAAGAAACAUUUUUACAACCUGCAGGCCAAGUUAGGUUUUGUCCUGUCCAUUUGAAAGUUAAGUUAGAUGAAACUGCUUAGGUAUAUUCUUUGAUGUACCAGCUUCUCAUGUAUUAUAGGCAGACUGCCAUUCUUGUUUCCCAGAAGGGACUACACAAUACGAAAAGAGAUGAAUUUUGCAAUUCUUGUGUUC